GCACCCGUUCACGCCCACGUCUCUACGUGUACGCACGUGGGGGAGGGGCACGUAAACAGAGAAUCACGAAAAGGAAGGGAGUGUUUCUUUCAACUGAUAAACCAGUACAUCAAGGCUACAAUCAUGCCCAUUCGCAGGAGAUCCGCUGUACCGACUAAAACAGAUGCACCCCCAUCAAAUGCCCCUGAGGAGGGAGAUGCUACGGCUGAAAGUUCUGCUCCGGUAGAAGAGGGAAAAAAUAAAGAUCCAGCUCCGGCUGCACCUAUAAAAGAGGAAGAGAAGGACGGUGAGGUGAAGAAAGAAGACUCUGAUGGCGAGGAGCAGGCCAACACUGAUGGAGAGACUCCUAAUGAAGCAGAGAAGCCCGAGGAGGCACCAGCUGAAAAAGCGAAAAACAAGAAGAAAAAAGCCAAGGAAGUUGUGGAGAAAAUUGAGAAAGAUGGAGAUGACAAAGGCAAGAAGGUCAAAAAGAAGAUUCCUUCCUGGGCAACCAUCUCUGCCAACAAAGUUGUCACAACCAAUUUAUCCAAUCACAGAGCUGAAGACAUCAUCAUAGAAGCAAUUGAGAGUUGCAAAGAGCAGCGGGGUGGUGCGUCUUCGGUCACCAUCAUAAAGUACGCGAUCAAGAAGUAUCCAUCUGUGGAAAUGGACAAAAAGACAAAAAAUCUCUAUAAGAAGGCCCUGAAGCGAUUGGUGGAAAAGGGGGCUGUCAGACAGUUGAAAGGCAAGGGAUUCUCUGGAAGCUUUGUCAUUGGAAAGAAGCCAGCUGUGUCUGCAGCGCAGAAGGGGACCCUUGGAGAAGCUUUGCCUCUGAUCAUGACACGCCUCUGUGAACCCAAAGAGGCAUCCUACAUCCUGAUCAAGAAAUACCUGGAGCAACACUUCCCACAACUCAACGUGGACAACAGGCCUGACGUGCUGAAGAACUGUCUGCAGAGAUCAGUGGAAAAGGGUUACCUGGAGCAGAUCACUGGCAAGGGAGCGUCUGGAACAUUCCAGCUGAAGAAAGCAGGGAGUAAGGUGCUCAUGAGCGGCGGGCUGCUGGAAGAGGCCGUCGUGGCAGCCAUCACGGCCAUGAACGAACCCAAGACCUGCAGCAUCGCCACGCUGCGCAAAUUCCUGGUGGAUAAACAGAAGAACGGUAAUUUUGCCGUGGCCAACUUAAAGAGGACCUUGCAGAAGUGUAAGGUGAUGGGCUGGAUGGAGCAGAUUUCUGGUCAGGGACUCAGCGGGACGUACCAGCUUAGCUAUCCGUAUUACCCAAGCCCAGCCGUUCUGUUUCCGGAAAUGAUGGAAAAACAUAAAAAGAUUGAGGAGGAGAAGGCUAAGCGCAAGACGAAAAGUGAAGACUCAUCUGAUGAAGAAGACGAAUCUGAGGAAGAAUCGGACUACGAGGAGCCUCCUCCAAAGAAGAGGGCACCGCGAGCAAAGCCCGUGUCUCGGUCAAAAGUUAACAAGAGCAGGAGCAACAGCAGAAAACCAGCUCCGGCAAAGAGGUCGGUCACACCAGCCAAGAAGACCGCUCAACCGGCAAAGAAACCUCCCAAAAAAGCCCCUGAACCCGCUAAACCUGCUAAAGCCACGCCGGUCAAGAAAGCCGCACCGACCAGCAAACCUAAAACACCGGCAGUCAAAAAGAUGACGAGUAGAGGAUCCAAACGGCCGGCACCCAAGGCAGCUAAGGCUGAAGCUAAACCUCCUUCCCGCAAGUCUCUCCGAGCUAAGAAAUGAGUCCACGCUUGCCAAUGGCUGGAAACAUCAUCUGUAUCUCUGUAGACUGCAGUGCUGGCUACUUUCUCUUCUUGGGUUUUUUUAUUUUUAUUUAGAAUCUUCUUUGUUCUUGUCUAUGGGCCUCUGAAGAAAUUGACCUCUUCAACGUUACUGUUUUCCUAAUACAGGCGUUUUCUGUUCAAUUUCUAAAAUGAAGGUAAAGAUGUAGAGUAGAAACACUACUGUUUGUGUUAAAACCUUUGUUCUAGUCACCAUUAUGAGAAGAAACCGUCAAUUCGCCUGUGUUCACCAAUGAACGAUCAAUUGUUUGAAGGUCCUUGUUAGUCUUUAUAGGGAGGCAAACAUUUCAGUUGUUCAGACGCCUCUCUCUUUUAACGUUCAAGUCUCACCAGUGUUCAAAGAAGUUCUCUUUGUAAGUUUCCUUUGCCUUUUUUUAGUCAUGUUUUGUGAAAUUAGGUCUUUAGCUACUGUUGUAAUUUAAAAAAUAAAGGUUUUGUUGCUGUUGGUUGCUUCGUGUAAGUCAAGAGAUUAUUAACUUCUAACUUACAAAGUCUGCCUAAAUACAAAAUUGAACUUAAAAUUUAAUUCAUUAAAGAAACCAUGGCAUCCA